AUGGAAGAAAGAAAGCAUUCAAAAAAUCAGACUAAUAAAGACAACAGAAGAAAUUAUAGUAUGCACCCUGACAAUGUAAUUUUUUAUGAUUAUUUUAACAAUUUAAAAAGAAAGGCGCUAGGCCAGGGUUAUAGCAAUUUGGUCAUUUCAUUUAAAACAAUUAUUGCGUCUAUUACAAAAUAUCCGUUGCCUAUUACAAAUAGCCAAGAUGCUUUUAAAUUAAGAGGUGUUGGUAAAAGCUUUUCACGAUAUUUUGAUAAGGUAUUAUCUCAACCUAAAGAUGAUAAUCACCUACAAAAAGACGGGAAUGAAAGUACUUUAUUCAACGAAGAUUCGAAUCAAAUUAUAAAUCAUGUAAAUAAAGUAAUUAACAAUACCGAUAAAUUUUUAAAACAAUUCAACAAGGAUUUUUAUAAUAUCAAAACAAAUGAGGAUAAUUCAGAUGAUACCAUUAUAAGAAAUAUAAAGGAAAUACAAAAUGAUCAUAUAAGUCAGGAUGACAAUAACAAUAGCUCAAAAAAAAAAAAAAAGAAAAAACAAACAAACAAUGACGAUAAAAUGUUGUGUAACCGUGGCAGUGUAAACUAUUGUAACGAAAAUGAUGAGCAAGUAAAAAAUUGCAGUAUUAAUUCUUCGAAUGAACGAAAGAUCAGUAAAUCAUCCUCCCUAAGCAAUAAUGGAGAUGACAAUACUAGCAAUGAAAAGAUAUAUAAGAGUAAAAAGAAAAAAAAACAAUAUACUGAAUUAUCUGAUAACGAAAAAAGUGUUCUCGCAAUUAUUAAUGAGCAUAGUCAUAUGUAUAAUAAUAAUGCGAUGAGCAAAGAAGAGAUAAAUAAAGAGUUUUUUAAAUGUUGUCAAAAAUCUAUAAAUAUAAAUUUUAUAUUGUUAAACAAGUUAAUAAAAUUGGAAUUAUUAGAAAAGUUAGAAGAGACAGAAAAUAAUAACAACAAUCAUUCAAAUCAGACAAAUGAAGAAACCAUACCUAAUAAAAAAAAUGUUAGAUCAAAAUGUGUCAAAAAGGUUAAGAUAACCGAAAAAGGAAAGCAAGUUUUACAAAUGAAAAAUGAUAAAAUAAUAAAAAAAGAAGAACACAUAAAUGUGAAUGAGGAAAAAAACUCAUUUGAAAUUUCUAACGAUAAGAAUAGCAAAAUUAACGAAACGACAUGUGGCGACACUUUUAAUAGUGUUGAUGAUUCAACAAAAACAAUUGAUAAACCGAAAGAGGAACUAAUACAAAAUGCUAUGAAUAACAUUUUUGAAAAUAAUUUUGAUGCUAUAAAAAAUAAACAAAUUGAUCCGAAUGUGCUUGAACAAAUUAUGACAGUUGCAACUGAAUGUAACGAAAAAGAAAUGAGUAAUAUUGCAAAAAAUGAACGAUUCGAAAAAAAUAAUAAAAUAAAAGAUUUAAAAAAGGAUAACAUAGUUGAAAAAAACAAUAGUUGUAAUCAAAGUUGUCAUAAUACAAUAUCAUCAUAUAGAGAUGGUACAAUAAGCUUUGAUGCAAACUCAAUGGGUGAGACAAAUGUAAAAAAAUAUUCAGAAAAUAAAAGUGAACUAAUAGAUGAUAACAAAAAUAAUGAACAGUUUAAUGUUGAAACGGAGCAUUCUCAUGAUUUACAAAACGCAUUAGAUGAAAAUGAGCAUUUUGAAAGCAUUUCUAGUUCUAAUUUUCAAUUAAAAUUAGAUAAGAAAAAAGAGGGAUUAUAUAAAAAAUUAAAUAUAAGCUUAAAAGAUAAAUUACAAAAUAAAACAAUGCAGAACAAUCCUAAUUGUUUCAAUCAUAACAGUUUAGAUAAAAGUGUGCAAAAUAAAAAUUAUGAAAUUAACACAAACAAAUCAAAUAAUAAUUCGAGUGUUAAAUAUAUUAAUUAUCAAAGUUUAUUUAGUGAUGAGUCGGAUGACGAUAAUAAUGAUGAAAAAUGUGAGUCCUCUAAAAAUACUGAAAUAAAUCCAUCCUCAUAUAAUAAUAUAUCAACAACUAAUAACUAUAUUAAAAAUGCUAAUGAAAAUAUCCCACUAUUUGAAAAACAAAAUGUUAUUGAUAUAAUAGAUUUGUCUGACGACGAAGAAUAUAAUACAGUUAAUCCAUGUUCAUCGAAUUAUUGUAAAGAUAAACAAAGUGAUAAUGAGAAUGAAAAAAAACGAAAGUUAGGACCCGAUUAUGAUAAUAAUAAUGAGAUGAUUGGCUCAAUAGAAAAUAGGGAUUUAAACUCUCAAAAAAAUGAACAAAAGAAAAAAAAGCAAAAAAUUAAGAAUUCUAAAAUGGAAGAAGACACCAAAAUAGAAGAGAAUAAUGGUGAAGAUGAAAAUGAAAAAAAAGCAAAGAAAAAAAAACAAAAUAAAAAAAAAAAAAGUAAAAAUGAUAAUACAAAAUCAAAUGUAGAGACAGAACACUGUGAAGAAAAUGAGGAAAAUAAAAAUAUUCGAUAUGGACCUUAUGAAAUAAUAAUGAUAAUUGAUAAUAGAGAUGUGUCAGGAAUGAGUUCCGAAUUCAAUGAAAAAUGGAAAGAAAUUUUUAAAAAUAAUAAUAUAAAAUACGAAACGCGAAAUUUACCAUUAGGAGAUAUUAUAUGGUUAUGCAGAAGACCAGUUUAUAAUAAUAAUAAAAACACAUCUAAAAGAAAACGUAAGAAAAAAGAAAAGGAAGGGAAAGAAAAACAAAUAGAUAUAAAUGAAAAUUCAGUAGAUAAUUGGACAUCAAAUAUAGGAAAUAAAAAUAUCGAUUUUACUUAUAGCUAUGAUAAAUAUGGAAACACAUUAAGUGUUGAUUGUAAUGAAGUGGAAGAAAAUGUAGAUUAUGAAGAAUAUGUUUUAAAAUGGAUUAUAGAAAGAAAAGCAUUAAAUGAUUUAAGCUCAAGUAUAAUUGAUGGUAGAUAUGAUGAACAAAAAUAUCGUUUAAUGAGAUCUAAAGAAACAUAUCAUAUAAUAUAUCUAAUAGAAGAUAGUAAUAAUUCAUUUAAAAAUUAUACAAACACAUCAAAAAUAUCUUAUGAAACAUUAACGAAUGUACAACAUAGCAUUCGAUUGAUUAACGGGUUCUCAAUAUUGAGAAGCCAAAGUAUUAAACAUACUUUUCUUUUAUUAUCUGAAAUACAUUCAGAAAUUGUAAAAAAUCUUAAAGAAAUAUGUAAUGUAAAAAAUAAUGAAGAUAUAGUACAUAACGAAAAGUUAGAAACUUAUUUAAAAAAUAAUUCUUCUUCAUGGGAAAUAUGGAAUAAUGAAUCGAAAAAAUCAAAAAACAAUAUCGUCAAAGAAACAUUUGGAAAGCAACUCAGAUUAAUUAAUAUGUGUGGCGCAGAUGCUACCGAACUUCUUGUAUCCUUAUGGCCAACACCAAUCAAAUUAAAUGAGGCCCUUAAUAAAUAUACACAUAAUGGUAUAUUAGCAGAAAAACUUAAACGAAUUUACUUAAAAAAUAGAGAUAUGGUUGGAAAAAGAAAAGUAAAAUCACCUGUUGAUGCUAAUCUGAUAGCACAAUUAAGACAAUUGUAUGCCCCAGAUUCAAUUCAAAUAUAUCACCAUGGGGACAUCGAUUAA